GGCGGGAAAGUGAGAUCGGCCCGUCGGUCCUUGCCGACGGUCCGACUUACACGUCUAUAACGCCCGUUUAGCGUCAGCUUUGCGAGACCGAAGUCUCUUGGCUGCUCUUGGCGACGAUGACGAGCCAGAGCAGACCACAGUAGGCAUCUAGACUCAUCGUUUGAGAAAAGGAAAACAAAAACAGAAAGUCAAGCAGGAAGACUCUCCUGUCGAAUCCAAAAUGGCGACCCAAGACAUUCUUUCCAUCUUCCAGGCCUUCCUGGACGCAGUGAACAAUAAGAAGUGGGAUGAAGUUCACAACCACCUCCAACCGGUAGUGAGGGCAACCUACAACGAAAACUCAGAAAGCAGAGACGAAUUCAUCAACCGCCUCACCGUAACCUCCGAGAAGGGCAGCCACCUCAGCGCAGACCAGUGGACCGUCAACGAGGCCGCAAACUCCCUCGGCGCCCGCCUCGUCACAACCAUAAGCGACGCCCCCGAGGGAACCCCCGCCAAGGUCUGGGACCUCGUCCUUGUCUUCUUCGAGAACGGCAAGAUUGCGCGCCUCUACCAGGUCGCGAACCAGCAGAGCCGAGGCGUCGGCCCCGUACCCGCGCCGCCUUUCGUGCCCGAGGUCGCGGCCAAGACCUCCCAGAACCCAGUCUCGGCCGCCGAGAUCGAGGCGCGGUACCGCAAGUAUAUCUACAGCUACAACGACGGCACCAUGCCCACCGUGCUGCCGGCGCUGUGGGCGGAGACGAUCUCAAUGCACGGGAACACAGUACCGGCGCUAGGAGCCGUAGGGUUCCUUAGCAAGAUCCUAUUGCCCGUCAUCGCCGGUCUUAAGUACGAGGUUGACGAGUUUGUGGUUGAUGAGAAGAAGCAGCAAAUUGCUCUCAGGCUGUCCAUAUCGGGCGUGCCGCAGAAUAAGAAUCUGCAGAAGAAUGGUUCAGAUGGGAAGGUCACGGUUUACGAGCAUGCUUUGUACGGAUAUGAGGAGGGCAAGGUUGCUUGGGCAUGGGCCUCGCAGGCUUUCGACAUGAGACCUCCUUCGUUGUAGAGCCGUGGUCAGGGGUGCUCCCGUGAUUGAUGAAGAACAGUGGUUUGGUUUUUGGUCAAUAUCAGAUUCGAGCAUCAGGAUGAAACACAUCAAAUAGACUGAUUUAAUCCAUUACCGAUUAGCUAGUACUUGAUGUGCAUGACAAAUCCGACCAUAUUUGAACC